AUGAACAAAAAAUUCUAAGAACUGACUAAUCUCUUUGAGAUUCUCGUCACAAAGCCUCAAUCGAGUGAUUCCCUACUUAGCAGGUUCAUAUAAAUGCUUAAAUCUAACAAUGAAUGUUAUUACGAAUGCAUUUUAAUGUUUAAGCAAUAUCUAAAGCAAGAAUAGCCUUUAGAACACAUUGAACUUACUCUAAACUUACUCGACUAGCUGAUGGAAUAAUGCGAUUUUUACUUCCAUUUAUUAGUGGGUACCUUUGAUUUCUUGACCUAACUUGUUAAGCUUCUAAAUAGCCAAGGAAUAAAAGACUAUAUCUUAUCAUUGAUUCAAGACUGGGGAAUAAUGUUUUAAAAUGAUCCAAAUUUACCUCUUUUCCAGGAGGUAUUCAACACUUUAAAGACAAAGAAUGUUUAGUUUCCAUCAUUGAAGAAAAGCGAAAAGAGCCUUAAUAGUACCUAAAAUUCAAAAAAUUUAUUUGAUGUGAGUAAGAAAGAUGAAACUUUUGGAAAAAAUGAAAUUAUAGAAAUACCGAAAAAAUAUUAGAAGCUUUUAGAAGAUAUGAAUGAGCUAAAAGGUAACAUAAAUCUUGCCAAUAUGGUCAUGGAUAAUAAUAAACCUGAUAAAGAUGAUACCUUAAUGCAUGAUCUAAUUAGACAGCUUUAAUAAGUUGGACCCAAAUUGUUAGAUUUAAUAACAACAUUUUAGAGCUCUGAAUCUGAUGAAAUACUUAAAGUCAUCAUACUAGUUGUUGAUGAUCUACAUUUUACAUGUAUGAGAUAUGAAUAAUUCCAGACUGGAUAAGCACUUGAAAUUUUUAUUCCAGGAGAAUCCUAUCUUAAUACAUUAAUAAAUCCUCAAAUAAUUUAUGAAAGGCCUGAUGAGAAGUAAUUUAGAUAAUCGAUUGAAAUGGUUCCUGAACAUUUAACAUUUUCAUCCUUAGCAAAUAAAAGUAGAUAAGAAGUUUAAAGGUAAAAAAGCUUUCAAGAAGACUCAAAUGAUAAACAUUCUUUUUAAAAUGAAAAGAUUGAGGAAAAUUAUCCACGUACUCAAUAAAAUAGAUAAAAAUGA